UCGGCUAGAAAGCUUUUAACUUACUAUGCCAUUAUUGAUCAACACCACGAGACUUGGGCGAACUGGCAGCUUGCACUGAAAUUGCACGUGGCCCAAUGACAUCAUGUCCCAGUAUUACUCCCUUCCCUCCCCGGCCUUCUCUUUCCUCCUUCUGCUCCUACUCACUUUCUUCCCUCCCUCUUUCCUCUCGCUUUCUCUUUCUCAAUCCUCUCUUCGCUGGGCCUCAUCCAACGACCCCUGCUACCACCAUGAUGGGCAUCCACGCCACUGCCUGUCCGAUUUCAUCAAUGCCGCAUAUGGCGUGCCUGUGCUUGCCCAGGGUCUUCUGCAAGGGUCGGAGAAGAACACCAGUGCCCUGACAGACCUCCACAACCCCCACAACCUGACCUGCUGGACGGCCUCUGAAGCUUCAGGUGCCAGGGACUGGACCUUAACGGUGCCCCUUGGCAGACGUUUUGAGGUCACUUACAUCAGCCUGCAGUUCUGCCAGCAGGUGGAGCCUACCACGCCGUUCUCCAUCUCGAUCCUGAAAUCGAUGGACUAUGGUCACAGCUGGCGCCCCCUGCAGUUCUACUCCAGCAACUGCAUGGGGAAAUUUGGUCUCCCAGCUCAGUCUGUGGCUCUGACCAGGCACCAGGAGACAGAGUCCCUUUGUUCCGAUCCGAGGCCCUUGCAGAAGCACCGUGGAGGGAUGGUUUUGGCCUUUUCCACCCUGGACGGACGCCCUUCCUCAGCAGAUUUUGAAUACAGUCCUGGGCUUCAGGACUGGGUGACUGCUACUGACAUCAGAAUAGUAUUCCACCAUUCACAGGGUAAAACAGAUAAGCUUGACACAAAGAUAGAUGAGGAGGGUGAGGUUCUGACAUGGAGAAAGGGAUCAAAGGGUGCAGUUGCAACUCAAAGUGAGAAGGAUAGAAAGGAAAGUGCUUUGAAGAUGCAAGGUAAGGAUACUAUUGAUAAGAGUUCAGAAGGAAAUGGACACAGGAAAGGGGGACAGGCAAGAAAGUCAUCAAGGAGAAAUCGCAACAAGAGUUCCUUAACAGAAAGUGGACACAAUGUGACCCACAAACAAACUGAGGCUCAAGAUGGCAGGCGCAAAGGUGGAGGUCGUAAAAAAGAUGCACCCCAUUGGAAGCCAUGCCCAAAAGGCACAUGUGAUUGGAUAGUAGAAGGGCAGGGUCAGGGCUCUAAGAGGGAGUUGAGGAGAAAGAGGAAUAAUGUUGGAAUCGAAAGAUCUCGUUCCAGAUCAAGAAACAAGAACAGCCACCACUUCCGCCAUUCCUCGCUCUCAGCUCCUCCUAGAUUUCCUCUCACUCUCGCUGACAUCCAGGUGGGUGGCAGGUGCAAGUGUAAUGGCCACGCCUCCCACUGUCGUCGGGACAGCCAAGGUCAGGCGGUUUGUCAGUGUGAGCAUCACACAGCUGGACCAGACUGCGAUGUUUGUGAACCAUUCUACUAUGAUCGGCCCUGGCAGCGGGCCACACCCACAGAGCCACACCCGUGCGUCCCAUGUGAGUGUAAUGGCCACUCCAGUAAAUGCAGGUUCAGCAUGGCAGUGUUUCAGCAGUCUGGCCGGGUCAGUGGAGGGGUGUGUUUGAAGUGCAGGCACCACACAACUGGGCGCCACUGCCAGUUCUGCCAGAGUGGAUACACCCGCAACAACAGCAAGCCCAUCAACCAUCGCAAGGCCUGCCAACCUUGCCAGUGCCACCCUCUGGGGGCGGUGGGCCCCUCGUGUAACCAGUCCUCCGGCCAGUGUUUCUGCAGGGAGGGCGUGAUGGGGCAGAGGUGUAACCGCUGUGCUCCAGGCUACAGACAGGGCAACUCGCCUCUUUUGCCCUGCAUCCGUAUUCAAGAAGUAGCUGCACCAACUCCAGGAUACCAGCCACAGUACAGCAUGCCCCAGGAAUGUGUGUCAUACUGUCAACCAUCUCAAGCUAAAGUCAGAAUGAAUCUAGAGACAUUUUGCCUUAAAGACUAUGUGCUAAAGGUACAGGUUAGGGCUAAGGAGCCCUCUGGUCCUUGGUGGCAGUUCUCCGUGUGGGUGCAGUCAGUGUUCCACGUAGGGUCGUCUCAAGUUAAAAGAGGUCUGCAGGCCCUCUGGGUUCCUGAUCGUGACCUCCGCUGUGGAUGCCCCGCCCUACAAGUGGGUAGGACCUUCCUCCUGAUUGGCGCAGAGGAGAACGGGAGAAGUUGGGUUCCAGGAGAGAGGCGAUUGGUUGCUGAUCGCUCCACAAUGGCACUACAAUGGAGAGAGCACUGGAAUCCCAAACUAAGGGGGUUUCGAGGACAGGAUAGCCGGGGAAAGUGUCCGUCACACACCAACUCCACUACACAGAUACAUUCCCGCCUGCGGAUGCGGGAAGAGUACGUACCACCACAUCUUAAGAAGCUGCAGUCUGACAUUCAUCCCUUGCCACGCCUGCAUCAUCACCAGCGUCCAAAGGAUGACAAUACUGGCUCUACACAUUCGCAUGGAAGUGCUCCACACACACAAGAAGACACCACACACAUGCAAGAAACACACGGACAUCAUGCUCAAGCUGGAGAACACUUAACUCAAGUUGUUCCACACACUGAUAGACUCCGCUCCGUCACAUCACUACAGGAUAUCCAGAGUCCCUUGCAAGCAAUGCAGGAUCCUUCCUUGGAUAGUCUCACGAGUCCAGCCAGUAAGCGCCAGUCUUUCCACCCAACAGUUUGUCCAACAUGGUCACUAGUGCCUUCAGUCAUAUAUGAACAGAAAGAAGUAGGGUUACUAGAAAUGGAAUCUGAGAAUUAAAUAACUAUGGUGUCACGAUCAGUUCUGUGCAGCGGACAGGGAAAAUGUCCCCUGUGCUCUGUUACAGAUCUGCAGGACGUUCAAGAGCAUUGCCGUGGAGACCUGGGCGAAUUUACUUCAGUCCAUGAAUGUACAAAUGAUUUUAAUGGUUAAAGGUCUUGAAUGUACUUUCAGAAUGUAUUUCUUCCUUAUUACUGUAGUAAGCAGACAGGAGGAUUGCUGUUUGUGUUGUAAGUGAGGACUUCCAGUUUGGUGCCUGUUACUAAUCCAGUGCUAGAAAAACACUUCACACAGGUGUAUUUUAGCAAACAUAUACUGAUAAUUGGUCAUUCAUUAACAGAUGGAUAUCACAUUUAGUUUUUAACCAAUCGUCUACCAUAUUAAUUUUCAGAGCAUAUGUGAGUUUAAAAGACUUUGAUAUUAAAUUUUUAUUUUUAAUGUUAGAUAAAAUGUAUGUAUCCAAUUUGUUCAGGCCUGCUUUCAUGAGUCAGCCAUAACAUUAAAACUACUGACAGGUGAUGUGAAUAACAUUACCUUGUUACACGUGUUGAGGGAUGGGAUACUUUAGGCAGCAAGUGAACAGUCUGUUCUUAAGGGUCAAGUGAUGGAAGGAGGAAACAUUGACAUGUAAGGAUCUGAGUGACUUUGACAUGGGCCGAUUGUGAGGGCUACAUGGCUGGUUCAAAACAUUUUUUACAUUCAGCAGCAUUUGUGGAUUCAUGUUCCCAGUAUGCAGUGGUUGGUACCUACCAAAAGUGCUCCAUGGAAGGGCCACCAGAAAACUGGUGAGAGGGUCAUGGGCAGCCACAUCUCACUGAAGUGCGAGGGGGUGAAGGCUAGCCCAUCUUCUCUGAUCCCACAGAAGAGCUACUGUAGCACAAAUUAUAUCUUUUAUGUCCUGUGGACGGUCAGGUGCAUGUGCGUGUUGCUUACCUGGGGAAGAUGCGGUACCAGGAUACACUAUGGGAAGAAUGCAAGCCAACGGAGGCAGUGUGAUAAUCUGGACAAUGUUCUGAUGGAAGACCUUGGGCCCUGGCAUUCAUGUGAAUGUUACUUUGACAUAUACCCCCUACCUAAACAUUGUUGCUGACCAAGUAUAUCACUUCAUGGCAACAGUAUGACAGUGUGCUCUUUUAGCAGUAUAUUGCACCACGCUGCAAUAAUUGUUCAGCAAUGGUUUGAAGAACAUGACAAAGAGUUAAAGGUUUUGAAAAAUUCCCCGGAACUCGGUCCGAUCAAGCACCUGUGGGAAGUUCUGGAAAAAACAAGAUUGAUCUACAGAGACCCCAUCGCAUGUCUUACAAGACCUGAAGGAUCUGCUGCUAAUGUCUUAGUGCCAGAUACCACGGGACACCUUCAUAGGUCAUGUGGAGUCCAUGCCGUGACGACUCAGAGCUGUUUUGGUGGUGUGAGUGGGACCUACACAGUAUUAGGCAGGUGGUUUUAAUGUUACAGCUUUUCAGUAAAAGAAUGAUCAAACCUUAAAGGAUAUCAAAACCAAAAAGAGGUUUUCGCACAACUAACAGUCUCACUUACCUGGCAGGCCAGCUUUUGUUGCCCACUAAAGUGUAGCAAUAUAAAACAGCUUUUCAUAAACAACUUUAAGAAACUUUGUUUUUGCAACAGAGUCAGAUGCCAAAAAUGUGAUUGGGAAACUAAACACCCAUUUGUUGAGACUUGCCAGCAAAUCUGAGGGGAUGAGAAAUGUUUUUAGAUGUUUAGAUGUAUCAGACAGGUAUUACACACGUGGACACUUGCUCUCUAAAGUCUCUUACGUUUUCAAGUCCUAUUAACUGUGAAGUAUUUCCAGUUCUAUCAGAUUGGCAUCAUAGUGUGCAGCAGCUAUCUGUGCCUGACUUUCCAUGACCAAACAUUUAGUCAGGCCUAUUUACCUUAGCUGUGCCCAGAACCCAAAUGCACUUAAUAUGAACAGUGGGUCACUUUUGUACUGGUAACACAACCGUCUGGUUAUUACUGUUCACAUGUUAGCGUUUGGCAACAUUUUAUAUAAAUAACAAAUGUUAUUUAUGUCUUAUUAAACAUUUAUCUUGUAAAAUACAAUUUGUGGUGAAAUAAGGUAAAUAGAAGAGUCUACCUGUGUAGAACAUUUAAAAAAAGUUCUGUAAAAACGUGAAGAUCUCACUAAAAGGAUC